ACUCCGCUCCACAGGGUGUGCCUAGGGCUACGGGGCACCGCACCGGCACAGUGAGAGUUACAGCCGGGGCCCCUCCCAGUCUCCUGAGCCACCAUCCCUUAGCAACAGUCCUGCUGGGCAGGAUGCGUUGCCAGCGCUGGGCAAAGUGGGCAGGAGCCAGAGGAGUGGCUGUCUGGCUUCCAGAACAGACGCAGGGCAGGUGAGCAGGUAGUGGGCCAGGGCAGGCUUGCGGCACCUGACCACAGCCUGGCCGGCAGAGUGGGAGCCCUUCCUCCAGCUCUCUCCAAUCCAGCUACCCAGACAGCCCUGACCCAACAUGGAUGCUGUGGACGCCACUGUGGAGAAGCUCCGGGCACAGUGUCUGUCCCGAGGGGCCUUGGGCAUCCAGGGCCUGGCUAGGUUUUUCCGCCGCCUGGAUCGGGACAAGAGCCGAUCCCUGGACUCGGGGGAACUCCAGCGGGGCCUGGCUGAGCUGGGGCUGGUGCUGGACGCAGCUGAGGCGGAGGGUGUGUGCAGGCGCUGGGACCGUGACGGCAGUGGGACGCUGGACCUGGAGGAGUUCCUGAGGGCACUGCGGCCCCCCAUGUCCCAGGCCCGGGAGGCGGUCAUCGCAGCUGCGUUUGCCAAGCUGGACCGCAGUGGGGACGGCGUGGUAACCGUGGACGACCUCCGGGGGGUCUACAGUGGCCACGCCCACCCCAAGGUGCGAAACGGGGAGUGGACCGAGGAGGAGGUCCUCCGCCGCUUCCUGGACAACUUCGACUCCUCUGAGAAGGAUGGGCAGGUCACUCUGGCUGAAUUCCAGGACUACUACAGUGGCGUGAGCGCCUCCGUGGACACAGAUGAGGAGUUUGUGGCCAUGAUGACCAGCGCCUGGCAGCUGUGAGCAGUACACGCUUACCCAGCCAGCACCAUCGUAGUGUAGGACCCCCACCCUGGCCCUCGAGCCCUGGCCCCUCUCACCUGGGCUUCUAGCUGCACAGCGCCCAGGGUGGGGGGGCUACAGAGGAAUGUGGAAGAUUGAGGCUGUGGGACCGGCCGGACCGGGUCUCAGAGGACCCAGCUUGGCCAUCAGGUAGAAGGAGGACAGAGGUUCCAAGGAUGGGUCACUGGCUCAGAAUCCCUGUCCCUGCUGUGCUGACCUCAGGCCUCACAAAGCCACUGCAGAUGCCCCCCACCCUGCUUCCUCCCGUCUUUGCUCAGUGAAUCCUCCGCCCUGCCAGCAACGCCCUGCCCCUACGCGUGCCCCCCCACCCCGCCCCCACCCAGGGAAGCCAGACGGCCGGGGACAAAGCAAAGCUCAGCACGGAGGCGGCCAGUCUUGGAAGGCAGCCAAGUGUGGUGACCUGCCCGGACGUGCAGUGGGGCGCAGGGGCCAGGCUGGCCCGGGAGCCGGAGGCUGUUCUUGGCCAGGCUGUCUGGCUUCCUGAGGCCCCUGGGGCAUGCAGGAGGCCAGAGUUUUAGUUAAAAGUUUUAAUGUAGUUCCCAAAUACAUUUCAUAUGACAAUCUUACAUAAAUGUUCCAAAACACA